UAAUUUCUUCUUCGUAAAAAGAGAGAAAAAUAUUUAAGAAGAGUUAUUGAUAUCAUUUUAUAAUAUGCAUUUAUCAACACUCCGAUUAUAUUAUCACCUGCAUCACCUUGAAACAUUAAUAAAUCUAACAUUAAUAGAAUAAAUGCACAUGCUUUUCCAUGCAUAUUUCAAUGCAAUUUGUAAGGCAAUAAUUCUACAAUUAACAUCUUAUCUUUUGCAUUUAUCGAAACUUUAACUAUUCUUUCAAGUUCAUUAUACUCGUGACGUCGUUUAUACCGCCAUAAAAAUGUUGUCAUUUUGUAAAUUUUUACCAACUUUUCUCUCCCAAAUAUCAAAUGAUGAAUUUUAAUAACAAGAUUCCGAUAAAAUAUUCGACAUUGUAAAAAUUCGUCCAACACGAAUUAUAUCGGAGGAAUUUCUCCGUUUCAAUAAUAAAAUAAGCGAAGUAUUGCAGUUUCAACUAAAUCUCUUUCUUUCUCAACGCGAUCUCUGGAUUCUUCAAGAUUUUUCAAGAUGGCCAAGUUUCUUACUUUGUAAGAGUUUCUAAGAGAUUCGCAACUUUUGAAUGAUUAAUUAGAAACGUUCAGAUUUAAGAUUACAUAUAUUUAAUCGUCUGGAUUAAUAAUAAUUAAUGAAUGAAGAAAGAGUUGUAAUAAUGCUUCUAUUGAUUUUAUUACCAAAGUAUAAAGCAUCUGUUUAUGAGAUUAUGACGUUCAGAAAUAGAUUUUAAUCUCAUUGAUCUGUAUAAUUGUCUCACUUAUAAUCAAAGUGAAUGACAUUUUGUUUACCUGUAAAGGAAAAAUGAUAAAAUGUUAAAAAAAAAUAGACACUCUAAAUAUAAGAAUAUAAUGUAAACCCGACCAAUUGAAAGAUUGGAUACAUCGAAUAUAUAAUAAACGAAGAAAAUAUUCUUCAAGUUUGCAAAUAAUAUAUGAAAAAUAAAAUAGAUGAAGAAAAUUCAUAUAUCUUGUAAAAACAUUCAUUUCAAUCCUCUAUCCUUUUUUACCACAUUUUUUUUAUCGAUAAUUGUUACUAAUUUGACAAAAUUUAGUAACUUAUCUAUUCGCAUAUAUACUUCCUUGUGCAUAUGUUUCGGCAGAUGGUGAUCAAACUAAAAAUAAUUCUGUUUAUUCUAUGCAAAUGUCUAUCCACAGGAUCAUAUCUAUCCCUAAUGAAGUUUAUCCCCAAUUGAUUCGAACGCUAUUUAGAUACGAAUGAGAAAAAUAUACCAAGUACGGAUUUUGCGCAGACGUAUUAUUCACAGUGCAACGACGAUGGAAGUUUAGUUUACUUUAAAGUGUUUGACUUAUCACUAAUAUUAAACGGAGCGUCCGAUCGUCGUGUCGCAUAAGUGUCCGGUAUCUUCAAUCCUUGAAAAUAUGUUAAAUUUGAGCGCGAGGAAGGCAAAGAGUUUGAAUGACAUUUUUGAAGUGUUCAAAAAGGGCGAUUAUGCCGAGUCGAGGGUGUCUUUUAACGAGGAGAUUAUUAAGGAACAUUUUAAAAAAUUAAAUCAGGCAAAAAAGGAUAUUUUUCUUUCUCUGGGAAACGAUCUACAAUCGAAAGAUGAAGAAAGUGAUUCGAAUAUUAGUGAUAUGGACGAGAGGAACGAAGAGAAGGAGUUGAAAAAAUUGAAAGAAUCGAAAGAUUCUUUGAACGAAGAUGAUCGAGUAAAGAGAGAUUCUAGGAUCGAUUUUGUCAAUCGAAAAUUGAAGAAGAAGAAGAAACGAAUUUUAUCGAUGAUCGAUGUUUUUCUGUCAUUUAAUUUUAUUGCUCCGAUGACCAUCGGCUUUUGGAGAGGAACAUGGACGUUGAUGGACAUUUAUAAAGAUAAGUUUCCUGAAUUGUUCAUAUUUUUUAUGGGUUUUCUGGUGCACGUAAAUUUUACAAUUAUGAAAAAUUUCAUACACGCUCAUAUCGUUAAAAUAUGGAAAAAAAAAACCUGGCUGAGCAAGAUCUAUUGCAAGAGCUUCCAAAUUCUGUACACAUAUAUCUUUGGAAUUGCUUGCAAUAUGCAUUGGAAAGGUUCCUGGGCUAUUUUCGAUUACUUCUUCUUGAAUCAUAUUUGGUUAAUCGUAGGCGUCAGUAUACUCGUAACGAUAAGCUUGAUGUUUUUACGAUCCUUUCGAAAUGUUAUUGCACCUCCACUGGUAAUUGCAGUGGACAAACUCAUCUUCGUUUUCUACUUUCCAACAAGAUUUAAAUUGGUAAGUUAA